CCUGACCAACCGCUGACUCGCCAACAGACUUCAACGCCGGUGUAGGGCUGGUCCAGAUGAUGGGCAAAGCUAAUUACAUAGGCCUCGUCGGCGGAGGGAGACAGCCCAAGUUCGCCGCAAACAAGCUCAUCGUCUGGGACGACUUGAAAAGCAAGGCUGCCCUCGAGAUCAGCGCCCUGACUCCGGUACGUGGGGUUCAGCUGUCAAAGGAGCAUAUUGUAGUCGUACUGCAGAACAGUGUGCGCGUCUACAAAUUCGCCAAGCCGCCCAACCUGCAGUCGGCCUUCGAGACGGCCAACAACCCGUGGGGGUUGUGUUGCCUCUCCCCGAAGAAAAUAGCCUUUCCCGGAAGGACAGUGGGACAUGUGCAACUCGUCGAGAUCGCAACGGGGAACGUCAGCAUCAUUCCCGCACACUCAUCUGCCAUAAAGGCGGUCCAGCUUAGCUCGGAUGGCGAGCUGCUCGCUACGGCCAGUGAGAAGGGGACCUUGAUCCGCGUUUUCGCCACAAGCAACUGUGCCCGUCUUGUAGAGCUGCGUCGUGGAAUCGACCCGGCAACCAUCUUCUCCCUGGCCUUCAACCCGUCGGGCACCAUGCUCGCCUGCACAUCGGACAAGUCAACUUUACAUGUGUUUGACAUCCCACAUCCAAAACGUGUUUCUCGCCAGCAACAGUUGCAGCAGCAACAAGAACUGCAUCAGCAAAACGGUGGCAUCUCCGGCGCUGGUAGCAGCACCAGUACGACGUCAGAGAGCAAUGGCGGCGACGGCAGAGGAAAGUGGGGCAUUCUCUCCAAGAUUCCCCUGAUGCCGCGCAUGUUUUCGGACGUGUAUUCAUUCGCAUCGGCGCCGUUCGAGGUGGACGAUGAGGAAACCACCAACGAGGGGAUGACCAGUGGCCUGCCCGUAUCGGAGACCACGACUCUGGGCACCUCGAAGCCCCCCAAGGGAGUGAUUGGGUGGGUGGGUGAGGAAACGCUGCUGGUCGUGGGCGCGGGCAAGGACGCGCGCUGGGAGAGGUUCGUAAUACAAGAAGCCGGGGACGGGAAACGGUUCUGCGUCAGGGAGGGGUGGAAGCGUUAUCUUGUUGGCGCGUAAGCUCGCCUGUCUUUGCAUAUUGACCCGGAGUCUUUGGCGUUUUAAGUCAUGGAGGAAACGAUGGAGUCUGGUAUUUUGGGGACGGAAGGAUUUGGGCGACAAAGCAUAUUUAGCGGGAGUAUUACUGGGUCAAAGUCGGGAACGCAUUCC